UUCUUUUUUCCUUUUCAGCUUGUUUUGACCGCGUUCCGAAAGUUACUGUGAUUAUGCUGACAUUGUUGCCUCUGUUUAGUUAUAUCCAGUUAUAUCGUUUAAAAAAAAAAGACACAGAAGCUUUUUUUUCUCACUUUCGGAACACAAUUAUUAUGUCUCGAUUCGGGACGUCCCCGUUUUCUGUGGAACGAAUCUUACAUGCAUUAACAUCAUACUUACGAGGGAGUACCUUUUACCUUACAAUAUGAAUUAGAAGAAGUUGAAGAAUUAUUUAACAAUUACUCCGAUCGAAUGUUAAAGCUAAACUUGACUAAGAACAAAAUGGACAAGUUACGUUUGGAGAAUUUACUUUAUAAACAAGCUAAACAUUUCCAGCAAAUUUUUUAUGAACUAUGCUCAGAUUAUCACACAUUUUAUUUUGAUGCAUUAAACGACGGCAUCAAACAUUUAAAAAAUUUCAUUGGAUACACCCUCUUUGGAUUACAUUUAUCUACGUAUAAUCAUGAGCAAAUACAUAUCACUGAGAAGCUUUACAAUAAGAUUGUUGAAAAUUCCAAUGAUAAGGGCACUAUUUAUUGUGGUCUUAUAUUCAAUGUAGUAUAUUUUACACAAGCAAGAAGGAAUGCUGACAAAUACAUUUAUCCUAUACCGGUAUUUAAAGUUGGAAACUUUAAGGGAGACAGACAUACAAUAAAAUAUGAUACAGUACCUCUCAAUGUAACAUAUAUUGACAUAGGAGGAAGAGUCUACAAGAAUUGGCAAGAGUAUUUGGCUAAAAACACUUUGAAGAAUAUGACUAUGAUUGUGCCUUAUGAAGGAAUUUACUCAAUGAAUCCAGUCUUCCCUAGUGGUCGAUUUUCCUCGACAGUUUAUAUUGAGAAAAUAUUAUCACAAACUACCGAUGAUCCAAAUUGUAUAAUGAACCCCCGUUGGGAUACAGAUGUGACAGUAAGUGGAGGUGUUAGUAUCCUCUUAGGUGGUUGUUGGCAAAACAUCGAGAUUAGAAAUCGUAUAUCAAUAUACAUAGCAAUUGAUAAUAUACCUAUACACGGAUUGCCAUAUAAAUUUAAUCCUCCAACAAUCAACGAAAAUUACAUAAAUUAUGGAAAGCUCAAUGGCACUGAUGUAUUAAAGUUAUCAGAACACAUAAUGUAUAUUGGUAACUGCAUUAUACCGGAACAAGUAUUAAAAAAUUUACUUAUGUAUCCUAAUGAUGAUAACAUAUUAUUCGAAUAUGAGGCUCAACUCAGAGAAAUAAGACACACUACCGAACAUCAGCAUAAGCAUAAAGAUGCUUUAAAUAAUGUCAAAGAGAACAUUCGAAAGAGAUAUUUAGUCAUACGAGAAUUGAAGACAAUUAAGACUCGCGAGGAAAUGAUUUUGGAUUCUACAAUCUAUAGUAUCACAGAAAUCAUAAAACGUGAAGAUCCAAUUAAAUUUAUAAAACUCAUUCAAGAAAAGGACAAAACCAACGAUAUAACAGAAGUAGAACCAGCAGGAGAAUUGGUGGACGAUUCUGUAAAGCCUUAUAUAGAAAAGGUAUUGGAGUGCCUGAGAACUGUUUUUAAAUAUUUAGAUCCAAUACCGCCUCUCUUAAUGAAAAAGCUCGUCCAAUCGAUAACAGGUAUAAAGCGCUUAGGUGUUGGAUAUGAUUUAUUUUGUCUUUACAUGACUCUUGUGUCAAGUAUUGUUAACAAAGCGCAUCCUAACAAGUUAAAGUCUUUAAUGGGAUCAACGCUAAUAGUGGCAUUUGACUUUUUUUUCAAUUAUUUAAAAAUAUUCUCACCAAUUAUAACAAAACUACUACCAACAUCACUUCCUGGAGCACUUCUUUUAGUUGUAAUUAAUGUAGUACAUUUAUACAUAAUGGAUAACAUAGAUUGUAUCGCAGAUUAUCUUACAGAGAAAAUUGCAAAGUAUACACAGUGUAAAUCAAUCCCACUUGCACCGAAAUUAAUGUAUUAAUAAUUAUAUGCCUUAGUUGUGUUUAUCACAUGCGCGAGGAAAAGUAUGUCCUUAUUGUAACGAAAGUCCUUCCAUAUUUUAUAAAUGAAGUAUAAAGUAUAACAGAUAGUGUAUUUUU